AUGGCAGAUACGUCGGUUGAUCCCGUUGCUAAUCCAUUACCACCAACUGUCUUACUAGCUGAUACCGUCAUUUUCAGCAAAUAUGUGCAUAAAAUCGUAUGCACUCUCUUAGAAGAGACUAACGAUGGUUCGUUAGUGUUAGAGUCAACUUUGAAUGAUGCGAGUUCUCAAGAGCUAAUCAAAAAGUUCAUUUCUGAUGCUCAAGUCCAUUCACUUGUUGUUCAGAAACUUUCCACCAGGGACGAUGAUGACGAGUCAACAGACUGUUGUGUUUCUUACACCAUCCUUCCCGAAGUUAGAUUUACAAAUAACAAAGUCCAAAGUAUCGUAUUCAUCAAACGGGGAGGGGUUUUAGAAGCCGAUAAGAGCUUUAGCUCUCAGUUGAGAUUCCUGAACUUUUCGGAUGGCUCUCCAUAUGAAACGUUGCAUUCGACUAUCAGCAAUGCGAUAAGUCCCUUCUACAAAUCGUACAUUCGGGAAUCUGGGAGGGCUGAUAGGGAUGGAGACAAAAUGGCUCCAAGCGUGGAAAAAACAAUGACGGAUUUGGAGAUGGGUCUCCUACACCUACAACAAAACAUUGAUAUACCUGAAAUAACUUUAUCAGUUCAUCCUUUAGUCGCACAGGUGAUCAAGCAGCGCGCAGAGGAGGGGAAACGAGCAAAGACGUCAGAUUUCGAAGAUAAGCUUGAUGAUGCACAGUUUCUGAAUGCUCUUCAAUCUGGAGUGAACAGAUGGAUUAAAGAAAUUCAAAAGGUCACAAAGCUUGACCGUGAUCCUUCAUCUGGGACUGCAUUACAAGAAAUUACGUUUUGGCUUAAUUUGGAACGUAGCUUAUUUCGUAUACAGGAAAAAAGAGAGUCCUUGGAGGUUACGUUAACUUUGGAUAUUCUGAAACACGCUAAAAGAUUUCACGCCUUAGUCAGUUUUGAUACAGACACAGGGUUGCAAAGAGCUUUAGGGACUGUGAAUGACUACAACCCUUUGAUGAAGGAUUUCCCUCUGAAUGAUCUUUUGUCAGCUACUGAACUAGAUAAAAUCCGUCUAGCUGUACAAUCAAUUUUUACUCAUUUACGCAAAAUUCGUAAUACGAAAUAUCCUUUACAAAGAGCUUUACGUCUAAUCGAAGCUAUUUCCAGAGAUCUCACUUCACAACUGUUGAAGGUUUUAGGUACACGCCGCCUCAUGCAUAUGCCUUUUGAAGAGUUUGAAAGAGUAAUGGCUGCUUGUUUUGAAGUCUUUUCAACAUGGGAUGAUGAGUAUGACCGACUUCAAAGCUUAAUGCGAGACAUAAUUAAGAAAAAGCGAGAUGAACAACUACGAAUGAUAUGGCGAAGUAAUCCAGCCCACCGUCGACUACAGCUGCGUCUGGAUCAAAUGAGAAAGUUCCGACAUCAACAUGAACAGUUAAGGCAGGUAAUAGUUCGCGUCCUACGACCUGCACGUAGUGCUCAAGCAGAUAAAACCAAAGAUACGCCGGCUGAAUCGAAUGACCUGUCAAAUAUCAAUGGAGUAGUUGUAAGUGAGAGUGGUGGCAAGAUUCUUCCAAAAGCCGUUGGGAAAGAACAACCACUUCUGGAUGCAUCAGAUGCUAAUGCUAUAGAAGAGGUAAACUUAGCUUAUGAGAUAGUGAAGGAGAUCGAUUGUUUGGACGUUACCAAAGAAGGCAGUGAAGUGUGGGAAGCGGCAGUUAAACGGUAUGAUGAACGGAUUGAUCGUGUGGAAACUCGAAUAGCUGCACGUCUUCGAGAUCUUCUAGGCACUGCAAAAAAUGCUAAUGAAAUGUUCAGAUAUUUUUCACGUUUUAAUGCCUUAUUUGUACGUCCACAUAUACGAGGUGCUAUACGCGAGUACCAGACACAGCUUAUACAGCGCGUUAAAGAUGAUAUCGAGGCUUUACAUGCUAAAUUCCGAAUACAAUAUACAUCUAGUAAGGCUUAUCAUAUGACGAAGCUUCGUGAUCUACCACCGGUCGCUGGAUCUAUAAUUUGGGCUCGUCAAAUAGAGCGUCAACUCAAUGCUUAUUUAAGAAGGGUCGAGGAUGUUUUGGGUAAAGGAUGGGAACAUCAUCGUGAGGGACAACUUCUUAAAGCCGAUGGAGACAGUUUUAAGGCUAAACUAAACACUAAUGAACUUUUUGAAGAUUGGUCGCGAAAGGUUCAACAGAAACAGAUUUCCGUUUCUGGUCGUAUCUUCAACAUUGAGCCUAUACGGGCUAAAGUCGCUACAAAAGAAGGAGAAACACAAACCAUAACUGUUCUGAAGUUAAAAGUCAAUUUUCAGUUAGAAGUAAUAACGCUUGCCAAGGAGGUACGAAAUAUGAAAUGGCUUGGCUUUCGAGUACCUCUUGGAAUAGUUAAUAGAGCUCACCAGACCAAUCAGCUUUAUCCGUAUGCAAUAUCACUUAUUGAAAGUGUGCGAACUUAUGAAAGUGCCUGCAGUAAAAUAGAAGAAAACCAGCGACAAAAUCUUGGUCUUUUAUGUGCUGGAAUGCGACGUGAAGUUCAGCUCCUGAUAGCUGAGGGAAUAUCUUUAGUUUGGGAAUCGUAUCGUUUAGGUUUAUUUGUUCAACGUUUCGCAGAAACAGUAUUACAGUUCCAAGAGAAAGUCGAUGAUCUUCUAGUUACUACUCGAGAAAUAGAUAGGGAAGUCAAAGCAUUAGAAACCUGUGUUUUUUCAAAGUCGGUUUUCGAGGAGAUUCUAGGUAAAAUCCAGAAAUCGGUGGACGAAUUAAAUCUGCACCAAUAUUCAAAUCUUCCUCAAUGGGUUGCUCGUUUAGAUGAAGAAGUUGAACAUCGUCUGGUUGCACGCCUUGAGGCUGGUAUUUCUGAAUGGACACGUGUUUUAUUAGGUCAGAAAGACCUGUUUGAUGCAAAUGAUUCAGAUGAUACUCAUUCAACACCACAGUCCAAAAAUCGUUUAGGUGGUGAACCGCAAAUAAAAGCCCUUGUUCAUGAACUUAGAAUAACCAACCAACAGAUUCAUUUACAUCCUAGCAUUGAGGUAGCUCGACAUGAACUUAUAGUUAAUUUAAGCGCUUGGGAAAGCAUAGUUCUGAGUCUACCACGAAUUCAACAUUCACGGUAUCAGGUUGGAAUUGAUUCAGAAACCGAUACACAGAAAAAUUAUAAAAAGCUAAUCUAUAAACUAGAGAAUGGGGGAGAAAUUUUGGCCAAAGCUCAUGAGGCGAUUGUUCAGGUAACUGGUGACGCAAAAGAAUAUGUCAAGACAUGGACAAGUUAUCAGGCGCUUUGGGAUUUGCAAAGUGAUCAGGUUUACGGUCGUCUUGGUUCUGAUACUCAGGUUUGGAUGAACCUUCUCGAUGAAAUCAAAAGUAUGCGUCAACAUUUCGAUGUUGCAGAAACUCAAAAAGAAUUUGGUCCAAUCAUUAUCAUGUUUGGCAAAGUUCAGUCUAAAGUCUCCUUGAAAUAUGACAAUUGGCAUAAAGACAUUUUGAGCAAGUUUGGAAGUCAUCUUGGUUCUGAAAUGCAAGACCUAUUCUCACAAGUAUCUAAGGCCCGCCUCGAUCUAGAGCAACAGGCCAUAGAAGCUGGAAGUACUGGUGAAGCCGUUAAUGCUAUCACGUAUACACAGACUGUUAAACGAAAAAUGAAAGUUUGGGAGAAACAAGUGGAACUCUAUCGUUCUGGUCAAAAUAUUCUCUAUCGUGAUCGUUUCCAGUUCCCUUCAAAUUGGUUGGAUUCAGAAAAUAUUCUAGGUGAAUGGAGUGCAUUCCAAGAGAUUUUACGACGAAAAGAAAAUAGUAUCGGUACUCAAGUGGCCAGUCUUCAAAUGAAAGUUGUAGCUGAGGAUAAAAUUGUUGAGGGUAAAACCUCUGAAUUAUUAUCAUCUUGGGAAAAGGAGAAACCAAUUGCCGGUAAUCUAAAACCGGAAGAGGCUGUCAAUCAACUAACUAUAUUAGAAGGGAAGUUCAAUCGUUUACGUGAAGAACGUGAUAAUAUUCAGCGUGCUAAAGAAGCUUUAGAAUUGACUGAAUCCGGUUUACUGUCACCAACAGAACAACGUGUACAAGUGGCUUUUGAAGAACUUCAGGAUCUCAAAAAUGUUUGGCUUGAACUGUCCCAUGUUUGGGAACAAAUCGAGUUAAUGAAAGAAACUCCUUGGCAAACUGUCCAACCGCGCAAGUUAAGACAACAGUUAGAUGCACUUGCAGGACAAUUAAAGGAACUUCCAGCGAGACUUCGACAAUAUUCAUCUUAUGAACACGUCAAACGUACUCUUCAAAAUUAUGCCAAGGCCAAUGUUAUGAUAGUGGAAUUGAAGUCAGAAGCAUUAAAAGAUCGUCAUUGGAAGUCUUUAAUGAAAAAACUUAACGUCAAUUGGACUAUGUCUGAAUUAACUCUUGGUCAUAUGUGGGAAUUGGAUCUCCAACAAAAUGAGGCAGUGAUCAAAGAAAUCUUACUGGUUGCUCAGGGUGAGAAAGCCUUAGAAGAAUUUCUCAAACAAGUUACUGAAGUGUGGAAGAACUAUACACUUGAACUUAUUCCUUAUCAGGAUAAAUGUCGACUAAUUCGCGGUUGGGAUGAUUUGUUUAACCGCAUCAAAGAACAUAUAAACAGUUUGAGUGCCAUGAAGUUAUCACCUUAUUUUAAACAAUUUGAGGAGGAAGCAUUGGCCUGGGAAGAUCGUUUAAACAGGAUUAACGCUCUGUUCGAUGUUUGGAUAGAUGUACAACGUCGUUGGGUAUACCUUGAUGGUAUUUUCGCCGGUUCUGCCGAUAUCAAAGUUUUGUUACCGCAAGAAUCACAAAGAUUCCAGAGUGUGAGCACAGAAUUCCUUGGUUUAAUGAAGAAAGUCUCAAAGUCACCUCUGGUUAUGGAUGUACUAAAUACUUCAAAUGUUCAGCGACAACUGGAGCGAUUAGCAGAUCUUUUGUCAAAAAUACAACGCUCUCUUGGGGAAUAUCUGGAAAGACAAAGAUCAUCUUUUCCACGAUUUUAUUUCGUUGGUGAUGAAGAUUUACUGGAGAUUAUCGGUAACAGUAAAAAUGUUCCACGAUUACAGAAGCAUUUCAAGAAAAUGUUUGCCGGUGUUAAUUCUAUCAAAUUAAAUGAAGAUAAUACGGAAGUUCUAGGUUUAUGCUCGAAGGAAGGCGAAGAAGUAACUUUGGUUAAACCGAUUUCCAUAAAAGAUAAUCCAAUUAUUAAUGAUUGGCUCACUAUGCUUGAGCGUGAGAUGCGAUUUUCUUUGGCUACAUAUCUAGGUCAUGCUAUACAAGAAUUACAAAAGUUGAAGACUGCACAAGAUAUAGAAAAAUCUGGCUUUCUGGCGUGGUUAGACAAAUAUCAAGCACAGUUAGUUGUUUUGGCUUCUCAAGUCAUCUGGUCUGAAGCUGUUGACAACGCUUUAAAUGCUAUGAAAGGUCAGAGUAGUUCAGCCCAAGAUAGUCCCUUCAAAAGUGCCUGA